GCAAGCGGGCGAGCGAGCGUGCGGAGGGUGAAGAAAGCGUGGAUAACGCGUGAUCUGUACUUGUGUUGCCGUGUGCAUGGUAAAGGGGCACGCCAGUAAAAGAAUAAAAGAGAAGAAGAAGAGUUCCGUAGGGACGGUGAUUUUCCACAGAUCGUAGGAUUUAGGACAAGAACUCGAGGAUCGUUUGCGAGAAAACUAAGGACGCGCAAUCGUCUGUACAAAUCGUACAUAAAACGACAAUCUUUCGGAAAUAAAAAGAAGAAAUAACAGAGAGAGAUAAAGAGAGAGGGAAAGAUAGUCUGUCAGACAUGAAUGUUACUUCGACACUAGAGAUACCUGACAAUGACAGCUUCUACAACAACGGCAGCAACGGUCUCGAUUGCGGUGGUGAGCCCCAUGCAUACGGCAUAUGGGAGCGCGUAUUAAUAGUGGUGGUCGCUGUCGUUCUCAGUCUAACUACGGUUAUUGGCAACAUCAUGGUCAUGAUAUCGUUCAAGAUUGACAAGCAGCUACAGACGAUCUCCAACUAUUUUCUCUUUAGCUUGGCUGUGGCCGACUUUGCGAUCGGCCUAAUCUCCAUGCCUCUGUUCACCGUAUACACGGUGAUGGGCUACUGGCCGCUUGGGCCUCAUGUGUGCGACACAUGGCUCGCUCUCGACUAUCUUGCGAGCAACGCAUCGGUCCUCAAUCUGCUUAUCAUCAGCUUCGACCGAUACUUCUCCGUUACACGCCCACUCACCUAUCGGGCAAAGAGGACUACUACCAAAGCCGCCGUCAUGAUAGGAUGUGCCUGGGGUAUAUCAUUAGUUCUCUGGCCACCUUGGAUUUACGCGUGGCCAUAUAUCGAGGGUCAAAGAACCGUACCGAAAACAGCGUGCUACAUCCAAUUUAUUGAGACAAACCACUACAUCACCUUCGGCACGGCCAUUGCAGCGUUUUAUGUUCCUGUUAUAAUAAUGAGUUUUCUCUACUGGCGAAUUUGGAAGCAAACUAAGAAACGACAAAAGGACUUGCCGAACUUGCAGGCUGGCAAGCAAGACGCGAGCAAACGCAGCACUUCGAGGUGGUAA